CCAAAUAGAAAACCAGAAAAAAUGAUCGAUAUUAAGGCUUGGGCUGAAUACAUCGUGGAGUGGGCUGCAAAGGACCCAUAUGGCUUUCUUACUACAGUGAUAUUGGCCCUUACACCAUUGUUUGUAAUUAGUGCAGCGCUUUCAUGGAAGCUUGCAAAAAUGAUUGAGGCCAGGGAGCGAGAGCAAAAGAAGAAACAGAAGCGCCAAGAGAAUAUUGCAAAAGCCAAACGAACAAAGAAGGACUAAAUGGGCAAAAAAAUGUUUUCCUUGUGCAACGAAUCCUCUUUUUAAGUGAAACACUUGUAUGUUUUGUCUUGUAACUGUCCUUUGAUACUUGAUCCUGUUAUUUCUUGAAGUAUUGAAAUUUAAUCCCUUCAAUGUAUUUUUUUUUCUGCUGAGAUGAUUUGUGUUAAAAUUUGCCCAAGUAACACUUGUUACAGUCAUUUAAUCUACUACUUGUGUUCUAGUGCAGGGUGCUUUUCUAAAUUUGCAUGUUAAAUUAAAAAAUUAAUC